AUGGUGAUCGAAGGUCCCUUGAAAGACAAGUUGGAGGCGUUGAAGUUCAAGCCGACCUCGCGACGAACAGGCAAGCCUUUGGUUGGCACGGCCGCUCCAGCAUCGGGCACCCAGCCGGCCGCAGCCCUCCCCACCUCGCCGACACGACCAGGUGGAGGAAGUCUUGCAGUUCAUGUCAGUGUGAGGUGCCGCCCGACCGUAUCCUCCAAGCAGACCGUUGACAUUAACUCCGAGUCACUUGGAGGUGACAAAGUUGCCUUGAAGCUGACGGUGCCCAAGUCAGGCAAUGAAGGAGAAGAUGACAAGACGCGGGUAGAUGCGCGGACAUACCGCUGCAACACCUACUACUGCCCCACAGCCUCCCACGAAGAAGUCGCCUCCACAACAGCAUCCCUUGUACAGCAUGCAAUGGAAGGUGGCAACGGGAGCAUUCUUUGCCAUGGUAUCACCGGAAGUGGCAAAACGCACACCAUGUGCGGAAGUUCAAGCUCUCCUGGCAUCGUACAAAGCGUGGGCAGGCGGAUGUUUGAACAUAUCCGAGAUCAGGUUGCUUCUGGUCGAGUCUACAUGGUAGAGGCCUCUCAUGUACAGAUCUUCUCACACGAUGGUUCCACGGAGCAGCUCAUAGACCUGCUCGCCGACGUUGAGAAGGACCUCGAGGUGAAGCAAGAUCCACGUAAUCCACUUUCAUACGUUUGUGCAGGCCUUCAACGUAUCCCCAUUAGGUCUCCCGACGACCUGCAGCAGGUGAUCAACAAAGGCAGGGCACGAAGCCAAGCGAAAGAGGAUGCAGGCAUCGCAGCUGCCCGGUCCCAUUGCAUGUUCAUCUUGACAGUGGAAAGUAUGUCGGAGCAGUCUGCAAACGGCGACUCGGGAGUCAGCAAGGGCAAGCUGGUCUUAGUUGACCUAGCCGGCUCUGAAAGUCUCCUAAAGACGAGCAGCUCAGAUGUUGCCAGACGUCAAGCGUUGGGUAUCAAUCGAACGCUGGCAUCUUUGAGCAUGGCUGUAAACAGCACCAGCGGAACCUCGGCGGUGAAGGGCUCUUUUUUGACCCAGCUGCUCCGAGACUGCAUGGGUGGCAGUUCACGAACCCUGGUGAUUGCAACCAUUGGCCUGGAGCUGGAGGAUAUGGAGGAGACAGUCAAGACGCUGACAUAUGCGCAGCAGAUGAUGACCAGCCUGACUGUUCGAACUUCCAACGCAGGUCUGAAUCGCAUAGAUCAAGAUCAGAGCUCUCUGAUGCAGAUGCGGGACAGACACAACGAGUGCAUCCGGAUGCUCAAGGAGAAGGUGAGCGAUUCCAGGGAGGAGGAGCAGGAGGAACGUCGAAGGCUGCAGCAUGAGAUGAAUGAGAUCAAUCAGCGCCUUCUGACCAAAGACUCAGCAGAGCAGACAUUGGAGGAGAUGCGGCAGCAGCAGUUCAGCAAGAUGGACGCCAUGCGAACGGAAAUCUCGGAAGCCAUGAACAACCAGAUGGAGCUUCUGAGAAAGCAGUCCCAAGUGGAGCUGGAAAGCUUGCGAGCAAGCGUGGAGAAGUCGCAGCAAGAAUCAGAACGUGUGAAGAAAGAAGCAGAGGCACACGAGGCAGCAGUCGUCAAAUUGCAGGCUACCCUGCAAGAUGCGCAACAAGCACGGAGAGCAGCUGAAGACGAGGCCUCAUCCCUGAAGGUGAAACUGGCGACGGCAGAAGAGCGAGCCAGCAUGCUCUCGACGAGACAGGAGGAGUUGCGCAAGGAGCGCGCCGAGUUCGAUGAGGAGAGGAAGCAGCUCAGGCAGCAAGGAGAGCAGCAAUGGCAACGGCUAGCAGUAGUCGAAGCCGAGCUCUCGAAGUUCAAGUCUGAAGCAGAGGUCCAGAAAAAAGAGAUCGAACGGUUAAAUGCAGCAAGAGCAGAGGAGAACGAAGGCAUCCGAAGCGAGCGGGAGUCUUGGAGAUGCAGGGAGCGCGACUUGCAGGCGGAGGUUGCCUCUUUCAGGAGCAAGCUCGAAGAGACCAAAAGAGAAGCAGAAGUACAGGAGCUCAAGGUCUCUAGAGACCAUGGGGACGCGCUGUCCAAGCUGAAGCUCCAGAUCGAGAGGCUCGAAACGGAGGCAUCCAGUCGAUCCCAGCAGCUCAGCGAAGCCAAGGAAGCCGUUGCCAAUCUCGAGGCUGACCGAGCCAUCGCGCAGCAGCGCGAGGACCAGCUAAGGCAACAGGCUGCUGCAGAGAUCAAGCGGUGGCAGGUGGAACUGGAAACGAGCCGAGCUGCAGAAGCAGAGCUCAUGAAAAUGUUGGAUGAGGUCCAAGACGGUAUCAUUCAAACGAACGCUGGUGCUCAGCCAGACAUUUCGUAG